AUGUUCAACGAGAAUGACAAUAUUGAGGCAAUCGACGUAAUAAACUUCGAUGAAUAUGCUAGCAAUGUUCCUUAUUUUCUUUAUUAGUAGGCUGUUACUCCAAAAAUUUAAAUUGAAGAUCAGCGUCCAUCAAGUCCUCCAAAAAUAAUUAAGAAUUAAUAGUUUCAUAAAAAUCUAGGCCAAAAUCAAGCAUUCUAUCAAGAGGAUAAAAAAUUUGACAUCAAUUAGAUUAAAGUUGAAAAUACUAUUCGCUUCAAUUAGGAAAAUCAGAUUUAGCCCAAAUAAGAAGAAAGUGAAGAUGAUGACUAUGGUUCAGUCAUUUAGUUCCAAGAAAUAGCAGAAAAGGAAGAUGAAGAAAAUAUUCAUUAUUAAGAAAAUAAUGAUUUAAACCAAUAAAAUCGAUAAUCUCCAUAAGAGGAUCAAUAAUAAAUACAUGCUGAAGAGAGCCCAAAGAAAAUUGAUUAAGUAGGACCUUCUCUUCAAAAUUCAGUAAUCUCAAAUGCCUCAGUAGUUUCAGCUUAUCCAUUGGUCAAUAAAACUUUAGAAUUCUAUUGCACUAAGGAAUUUCUAGCUUCCCCUUUAAAUGAAAAGGGAAUAGUUUAGUGUACUCUGAUAAUUAAUACAUCCGGUUUAAACAAAUUGAAACCUAAAUUUUAUUUGGAGAAAAAUGGCAAAAUCUUUUUGGCAGCAAAGAAAUCAUCUCAUAAAUUUAUUAUUAGCAUGAACAAGGAUAAAAUUUAGAGAAAAUCAUCCAAUUUUAUUGGACAAAUUAGUUGUAAGAAGAAGUAUGAUUAUUUCUUUUAUGAUAAUGGCAAUAAUCCAAAAAGAAACAAAUUACCUGUACGAAAUUCCAUAGGUUAACUGAAAUUCAUCACUUCCUCAAAACCCACAGAACCUAGACAAUAGGAAUUUAGACUCCCUUAAGAUGAUUCUCAUAUUUUUAUGAACAGAAAACCAAAGUGGAAUGAAAAAACAAAGAGCUUCACUUUGAAUUUCUAUGAUAGAGUCAAAGUUUCAUCAAUAAAAAACUUUUAAUUAAUUUAAAUCAAUGAAUAACCUGAAUAGAUCUAUGUCUAAUUGGGAAAAGAAAAUGAUGGGAAAUUCAAUUUAGAUUUUUAAAGUCCUUUCUCGCCUUUAUAAGCAUUUAUGGUGGCAUUAGCUAAUUAUGAUAAAAAGAUUGAGUACUGA